UCUAUAGUCCAACACUAUUUUCAGACUGUGCAGACAGGACGCAGAUGAACUCACACCAACCUUUAUUUACCACGUAGUGUUUGGGAGGAAAAAUGUGUCACACACCAAAUAAUCAGCUAAGGCCGAUUUUAGUACAGAUAAAGUUCUCGGUUUAAAAGAUCAUGGAAGCGCCUGGAGGCCCGGGAAUACGCCAGGAUAUUAAUGAAGAGAAUGUGACCCUUGGUCUGGAGGGAAACGAGCACCAGGCGGGCUGGGUGAGAGUKAAAGUAGAGGAAAGCUGGUUCGCGUUGGAGCGGGGUUUUCUCGAAAGGCACAGUGACUAUUUCCAGGCCCUCUUUGACUCUGGUAUGAGAGAAAGCCAACAGGAAGAGCUCUACCUGAAAGAUGGAGUGAGUGCAAGGGGAUUCCUCAUUGCCCUUGCGGUCUGCAGGGAUGAAACUCCCACCCUCAGUGAUCCAGAUGAGCUUGUUGAAGCUGURGAGUGUGCUGCUUUUCUGCAGAUUGAAAAUCUGGUCCAGUAUCUUUGUGAUAUCAUARAUUCGGACAACUGUCUCCUGCUUUACCAUGCAGCUGCCAUCUUUGGAGUGCAUGAGUUGUUUCACAAAGCUGCUCUCUUUCUCUGUGAUGCUUUUGACGAUCUYAAGGAAGUAGCAGAGAGUACAAUCCCUGAAGAGCUGCUGCAGUAUUCUCAAACAUUGUCUCCUGCUACUUAUGUUGCCAUAGGCACCCAUACUCCUUCGAUGGAGCUGCUACAGGACUCUUUUAGGGUUGUUUGCUUCCUGGAUGAAAAGCAUGGAGAGUGGAAGCAUUUAACUAACCUGCCAACUCUAUGUAGCACUUCCAUGGCGGGGGUGGCGGUGCUUGACAAUCGACUGUACAUCGUUGGGGGGAUUUACGGUUACGGUAAGGACGCCGUGGACUGUAGUUUCUGCUACAACCCUGAGUCAGGAAUUUGGACUACUCUCCCAGGUCCCCAGCAACCAAGAUAUGAUUUCACCCUGAUCGGACACGAAGGUCGACUCUAUGCCAUUGGUGGCGAGGUCCAAAAACGACUCAUUUCCACAGCAGAGAGGUAUGACUGUACAAAGGGAGAAUGGAAGUUAAUCCAACAUGCACCAAGACCUGUCGCAUCUGCAGCUUGCGCCGUUGCACGUCGGCGAAUGUUUGUGUGCUUCUGGAAGCCGCCCAACACCACAGACAUCUACGAGUACAUACCUCUAAAAGAUGAAUGGAGGCUGACCACCACACUGAUCAGACCUCAAAGUUAUGGCCACUGCAUGGUGUCCCACAGGGACAAUCUGUACGUAAUGCGCAAUGGGCCUUGCGAUGACUUCCUGCGCUGCCUCAUGGACUGCUAUAACAUCACAACGGGCCAGUGGACAGCCCUGCCUGGCCACUACAUCAACAGCAAGGGAGCACUGUUCACCGCAAUGAUAAGGGGGGACUCCGCGUUCACGGUGAAACACAUGUUGACUCUUGAAUAUACCAUCGCUGCAGGUGGAUGGAAACCUCGGAGGCACAUGAAGGGAUUCCCRAAGAGCGGUUCGCUUUGGACGUGUUUGCUCCGGCUCCCUAAAAGUGGACCGGUUACACCAAAACCGGAUGUGGAUAACAGGGAGGGAGAAAUGUCUUUGCCAGCUGCUUCAGAAGAAUUUGCAGAAGCAAUAGCAAACUUAUGAACCAAUAACAAAAGUAAAGUAAAUAUGGGUCUAAGAAUGAGAAUAAAUCUGGAWGAUCUUAUAAAUACUCUUCCUCCCGAUGCACUAACUUUUACAUGCACAUACCAAAUAUGCAUGUGCUGACUCUAAGCAUUUGUUCUGAUCAGCAACAGCUGCUACAGUAGUUUAUACUGUGAAGGCUGCUGUGUGUGUGUGUGUGUGUGUGUGUGUGU